GCCCGCGAGCCGCCAGCGGAGGAGCGCGCGCGCGCGCGUGACGCGUCCGGGCUUGCUAGCGCCCUCCCGCCCCCCAGCGUCCACCGCCCGCUCAUGGCCCGGGCCGCGGCCGCCGAGCCGCGCUGAGGCGGGCCGCGCGGAGUCGUGGGGCCGCCGCCGUGGCCCUCGGUGUCCGCGCCUCGCCGCCAGCCCGAGGUGCCCGCGCACGCCGGCCGCCGUCGCCUUCUCGCCUGGCUGGCGGGGGCGCUGUCCUCGCCGGCCGUCCGCGUCGCUCCCUGGAGCUCGGCGGAGCGUGGCAGCCAGGGCCAGCGGAGGCUCGGGGAGCCGGACGCCGGCGCGGCGGGGGCCAUGACCGUGGAGCAGAACGUGCUGCAGCAGAGCGCGGCGCAGAAGCACCAGCAGACGUUUCUGAAUCAGCUACGAGAAAUAACGGGGAUUAAUGAUGCCCAGAUUCUACAACAAGCCUUGAAGGAUAGUAAUGGAAACUUGGAGCUAGCAGUGGCUUUCCUUACGGCAAAGAAUGCCAAGACCCCUCAGCAAGAGGAAACAACUUACUACCAAACAGCACUUCCUGGCAAUGAUAGAUACAUCAGUGUGGGCAGCCAAGCAGAUACAAAUGUGAUUGAUCUUACUGGAGAUGAUAAAGAUGAUCUUCAGAGAGCAAUUGCCUUGAGUUUGGCGGAAUCAAACAGGGCAUUCAGGGAGACUGGAAUAACUGAUGAGGAGCAAGCCAUUAGCAGAGUUCUUGAGGCCAGCAUAGCAGAAAAUAAAGCAUGUUUGAAGAGGACACCAACUGAAGUUUGGAGAGAUUCUCGAAACCCUUACGAUAGAAAAAGGCAGGACAAAGCUCCUGUUGGACUAAAGAAUGUUGGCAAUACUUGCUGGUUUAGUGCUGUUAUUCAGUCAUUAUUCAAUCUUUUGGAAUUCAGAAGAUUAGUUCUGAAUUACAAGCCUCCAUCAAAUGUUCAAGAUUUACCCCGAAACCAAAAGGAGCAUCGGAAUUUGCCUUUUAUGCGUGAGCUUCGAUAUCUUUUUGCACUUCUUGUUGGUACUAAAAGGAAAUAUGUUGAUCCAUCAAGAGCAGUUGAGAUUCUUAAAGAUGCUUUCAAAUCAAAUGACUCCCAGCAGCAAGACGUGAGUGAGUUUACACACAAAUUAUUAGAUUGGUUAGAAGAUGCCUUCCAAAUGAAAGCUGAAGAAGAGACGGAUGAAGACAAGCCAAAGAACCCCAUGGUGGAGUUGUUCUAUGGAAGAUUCCUAGCUGUGGGAGUGCUUGAAGGUAAAAAAUUUGAAAAUACUGAAAUGUUUGGUCAGUACCCACUUCAGGUCAAUGGAUUCAAAGAUCUGCAUGAAUGCCUAGAAGCUGCUAUGAUUGAAGGAGAAAUUGAGUCUUUACAUUCAGAAAAUUCAGGAAAAUCCGGUCAAGAGCAUUGGUUUACCGAACUACCGCCUGUAUUAACCUUUGAAUUGUCAAGAUUUGAAUUUAAUCAGGCACUGGGAAGACCAGAAAAAAUUCACAAUAAAUUAGAAUUUCCUCAAGUUUUAUAUCUGGACAGAUACAUGCAUAGAAACAGAGAAAUAACAAGAAUUAAGAGGGAAGAGAUCAAGAGACUAAAAGAUUACCUCACAGUAUUACAACAAAGACUUGAAAGAUAUUUAAGUUACGGCUCGGGUCCCAAACGCUUCCCCUUGGUGGAUGUUCUGCAGUAUGCCCUGGAAUUUGCCUCAAGUAAACCUGUUUGCACUUCUCCUGUUGAUGAUAUUGAUGCUAGUUCCCCAUCUAGUGGUUCUGUACCAUCACAGACAUUACCAAGCACAACAGACCAACAGGGAGCUCCUUCUUCAGAACUGCCAAGCACGUCGCCCGCAUCAAUAGCUGCCAUCUCAUCAAGAUCAGUAAUACACAAACCGUUCACGCAGUCUCGGAUACCUCCAGACUUGCCCAUGCAUCCGGCACCAAGGCACAUAACAGAGGAAGAACUCUCUGUGCUCGAAAGCUGUUUACAUCGCUGGAGGACAGAAAUAGAAAAUGACACCAGAGAUUUACAGGAAAGCAUAUCUAGAAUCCAUCGCACAAUUGAGCUAAUGUACUCUGACAAAUCUAUGAUCCAAGUUCCUUAUCGUUUACAUGCUGUUUUAGUUCAUGAAGGUCAAGCUAAUGCCGGACACUACUGGGCAUACAUUUUUGAUCACCGUGAGAGCAGGUGGAUGAAGUACAAUGAUAUUGCUGUAACAAAAUCGUCCUGGGAAGAGCUAGUGAGGGACUCUUUCGGUGGUUACAGAAAUGCCAGUGCGUACUGUUUAAUGUACAUAAAUGACAAACCGCAGUUCUUAAUACAAGAGGAGUUUAAUAAAGAAACUGGGCAGGCCCUUGUUGGAAUAGAAACACUACCCCCUGACUUAAGAGAUUUUGUUGAGGAAGACAACCAGCGAUUUGAGAAAGAACUAGAAGAAUGGGAUGCACAACUUGCUCAGAAAGCCUUACAGGAAAAACUUCUAGCAUCUCAGAAAUUGAGAGAGUCUGAGUCUUCUGUGACAACAGCACAAGCAGGAGAACCAGAAUAUCUAGAGCAGCCAUCAAGAAGUGAUUUCUCAAAGCACUUGAAAGAAGAAACCAUUCGAAUAAUUACCAAGGCAUCACAUGAGCAUGAAGAUAAAAGUCCUGAAACAGUUUUGCAGUCGAAACCUGAAAAUACCACAAGCCAGCCACCUUCUAACCAGCAAGUUGUAGAGGUGGAGAUUCCUCAUGUAGGGAAAUUUAUGAUUGAGUCAAAGGAGGGGGGUUAUGAUGAUGAGAUCAUGAUGACACCGAACAUGCAAGGUAUUAUCAUGGCCAUAGGUAAAUCCCGGAGUGUGUAUGACAGGUGUGGCCCUGAAGCAGGGUUCUUUAAGGCAAUUAAGUUGGAAUAUUCAAGGUUGGUUAAAUUGGCCCAAGAAGAUACCCCACCAGAAACAGACUAUCGUUUACAUCAUGUAAUAGUCUACUUUAUCCAGAAUCAGGCUCCAAAGAAAAUCAUUGAGAAAACAUUGCUAGAACAAUUUGCAGAUAGAAAUUUGAGUUUUGAUGAAAGGUGUCACAACAUAAUGAAAGUUGCUCAAGCCAAAAUUGAAAUGAUAAAACCUGAAGAAGUAAACAUGGAGGAGUAUGAGGAGUGGCAUCAGGAUUAUAGGAAAUUCAGGGAAACAACCAUGUAUCUCAUUAUUGGGCUAGAAAAUUUUCAAAGAGAAAGUUAUAUAGAUUCCUUGCUAUUCCUUAUCUGUGCUUAUCAGAAUAACAAAGAACUGUUGUCCAAAGGCCCAUACAGAGGACAUGAUGAAGAAUUGAUAUCACAUUAUAGAAGAGAAUGUUUACUAAAAUUAAAUGAGCAAGCUGCAGAACUGUUUGAAUCUGGAGAGGAUAGAGACGUAAACAAUGGUCUGAUUAUCAUGAAUGAAUUUAUUGUCCCAUUUUUGCCCCUGUUAUUGGUGGAUGAAAUGGAAGAGAAAGACAUACUUGCUGUGGAAGAUAUGAGAAAUCGAUGGUGUUCGUAUCUUGGACAAGAAAUGGAAUCAAACCUCCAAGAGAAGCUGACAGAUUUUCUGCCAAAGCUGCUCGAUUGUUCUACGGAGAUUAAAGGUUUCCAUGAGCCGCCGAAGUUACCUCCGUACUCCACACAUGAACUCUGUGAGCGAUUUGCCCGCACCAUGCUGUCCCUCAGUCGGACUCCUGCUGAUGGGAGAUAAGCUGCACAUACUCCCCUGAACACACUGUGUAAACGUGUUUAGUUCUUAGCCUUUGCCUUCCUGUCACAGGGUUUGCUUGUUGCUGCUAUAAUUUUUAACUUUUAUUUUAAUAACUGCAAAAGACAAAUUGACUCUACAGACUUUAGCCAGACUGCAAACAAUAAAGCUGAGAAUCGCAUGGCGCUCAGACUGUGUUUUAACCAGAACUGAUAUACAACUACCAAUCCGAUUGAUUUUAUUAUGGCAAAACCAUGCUUUUGCCACUCUUCUGUUACAGUAUUACUUUGCUUAUAUCUUUUCUUGAUCUACAGCUUUCCAUUCAGUCUGGAUCCUCCGUGACUAUAGCCAUUUAAGUGUUCAGCACUGUGUACAAUACAUAAUAUUUGGUAGCUUGUAAAUGAAAUUAAAGAAUAAAGUUUUAUUUAUGGCUACCUAUGUGUUUGUAAGCAGGUAUAUUAUAUAUUAGUGUAUUUUUUUAGUUAUAUAAAUGAAUCUUUUCCUGGGGAUUGUUUAUGGGUGAUUAACAGAUUAAUACAGACUUUUAAUUUUGCUCUAAUGUUAGCACAGUAGAAAUUUACUGAGUAUUUGAUACUUAAAUAUUAUAUCUAUAUUUUUGACUAAGUUGUUUUACUUAGUAUGGCACCUAAACCUGUUUUGAAUUCAAAUCAGGUUUUAACUGUAGUGAGCGGCUGAUAUUUGAGUCAACCACACUGAAACUUUUAACCUUUUCUUAGAUUAACCUUUAAUUUUUUUUAUGUAUUUACAUAUAAUAUAGCAAGGUGAUUAUUUGAAGAGAUACCAGAAAAAAGUACUUGAAUAAGGGCUAUUUAAUAGUGAAACUUAUAAGAACUAUGUAUAUGUAUAUAUUAAAUAUAUAUAUAUAUACAUACACACAUACACACAAACAUUCUUCAUAAUGGAGGACGGUGUUUGCAUUAUAUAAUCAUUCUAUUUUUGUAAAUUGUAUACUACUUUAAAUGAAAAUGUUCUCUACUAAUCAAUGCUGUGAAAUGGAAGUUGAUAUUGUUGAACUAGAAAUUAUAUGAGUAUCUUCCCUGCAUUUAUUUACUCCCUUUUCAAAAAGGAAAAAAAUUGUAGAACAUUUUAUAGGGGGAACUGCUAUUUAAGAUUAAUGAAGUAAUAUUGUGAAUGAAAUCCAGUGCUUUAAAGGUAAUCAUGCUACCAACAACCUAUUUUUGAAUUUAUAAAAAUUUCUUUAUAAAUGAUACUUUGUCAGCGUAGUAAAAUAUAUCAUUAUACCAUGUGUAUGUUUGUUACAGCGUCGCCAAAACUAGUGCUUUUUAUAAGUGCCUCUCAUAAAAGAUCUGGAUGGAGGAAGAACAAGAAAAUAUUAAGCUAUUAUAUAAUACUCCUUAUAAAGGUGUCAAUGUACUGCUAAGGUAUUAAUGAUAAAUUGCUGUUUCUUUGUAAAGUUAGAUUUUGUAUAUUAUAGCCAUCAGAAUGUGUUUUGGUUUAGAUCUUAAAUUCUCUACUUAGCAGAAUUAGUAUUCUACAUCGAUUUUCAAGCCCUGUUGAAAGUUUAGAAACUUCAUGUGUAUCAUCAAAGCAUUUAUAAAGUAUCUUCAGCAUUUUAUGAUACUCUACCAUAACAGUAAAGUUGUUUGUGUAUAACUGACUACUGAGACACAAUCUGCUAAACACCAUAGGAAAUUACUUCUUUUAUGAGGCACAUCCAGGUAAGUAUUAUAUUUACUCUGUAGUUAAAGCCAGUUUAUUCAUUCCUAAUUAUGAAUCUGAAGUUCUUCUUUUAAAAAGUGACAUUUUUUAAGACCUGAGGAAGCAACUCGUUUUUAUAUCAGCUUUUAAUCUAAUGGUUUAGGUCAGUGAAGUUUUCUUACAUUAUAUACUGGAUUAAAUAUAACUUAGGGCUAGUAAUUUAAAACUCAAAACCUCAUAGAACUAUUGUCCGUGGCAGAUUUCACUUUCACUUAAUGACUCUCAUUUUGAUUACUGUAGUACUCCUUUCCCACUCCCCAAAAAUUACAUUUUGUAAAAAUUUAAGGUAGAAUUCAAAUGGAAGUUAAGACUUGGAGGAACUUAUUAAGGUUGUGAUAAGGAGACUACAGCCAUCAUUGAGCCUGAAAGCCCGUAAUUCUUUUCAGAUUCGUUAAAAUACAAUACACUAACUACACUAAAUAACUACUUCUCAAAAUGUCUCCAGACCAGCAGAUUCAGCAUCAUCUGGGGACACGUUAAAAUUGAAAAUUCUUGAGCCCAUCAGAACUAGUGAUUUAACACAUGUUAAGCUUGAAGAGUUAACAAGUUUCAACAAGUCCUUCAGAAGAUUCUGCCAUCUGCUGAAGUUUGAGAACCGCCGUACUAAGUAAUCCCUAGCAUCUUUUUGAACCCUGGUUUAUUGGAAACGUCAUCAUUUCUCUCACUGACUUCAAGGAAGUAACUAAAAAUUCUUUUCCUUAGUUUUAGAUUUACUAAGACUAAGGUGGAUUCUGUCCUCCUGUGUCUAAUCCUCUAGAAGUUCAGUGUCUUUAUGAUUCAGAAUUGUUCGUCUUUGACCUCAGUCCUGUUGUCAUCCUCCAAAAGUAAUAUCCCACAGGAUACUUGGGAAGAGUGAGUAGGGACGACUUUGAGUAAUUACUUUUCUAGAUUUUACAUCGGUGUGCAGAUAAAAUUAAGAGUCACGACGGCGGGAACUAUGUACACAGUUGGAUGUGCACAGACACACACCAGAAUUUCAGAUUCCCUGUUUUUCCAUGCGCAGUUCUUCUCACACCUUCACUGCUAUCCUUGAACCUCCCAUUCGAUGCAGCUCCAGUAAAAUAGGAUCUUAAUUUACCAAGAAAGUUAGGGAGCUUGGGUAUGACCCCUUCCAGUUUUUCACCCCCACACUUGUAAAUUUACAGUUAAUUGUUAACCAGGUUGUGAUAAGGAAUAGACAUUAUUGAUAACCCAAUGUUACAAGGAAAGUAUAAGUAAAAUGUAUAGAAUGAUUUAUAAAUUUAAUUAAAAGGACUUCUGUUACAUGGACAUAUUUGCUCUUUGACAGAAUUAGAAAACUUACUUUUUUUGCUUUGUAUUAUCCCAAAGCCUGUACAAUAUUUGUCCUUUAACAAAUGGUUCUUUUUCAAUAAUCUGGAGCCAGUUAUGUAUCCUUAACCCUAGUUGUGGAUCAAAAGCAUAUGAGGAACUUUCUUUCCAAAAGGUGUCUAGGUCCUCUCUUAUCAUGUGGAUUCUUAAAAGCCUUUUACAGUGACAGAUGUUUGAGAACAUUGAGUAGAUGCUUCUCCAACUUUAAUUUUUCUAAGGGUCACCUGUGGCCUCCCCCUCAGAGGCUGGCUGAGCCUGGCUAAAGUGGGGCAGGGAGACUUGCCUUCUGCAUUGUUGUGAGUCACGUGAGAAGGCAGGGAGUUUAAGUUUUCGGAUGACCCCCUCAGCCAUGCAGCAUGCCCAGUUUGGCCUGUGCUCCACCGAAGCUGCUCCCAGUGUUUCUCAGCCCUUCACUCGUGGACGCGCUCUCCUCAGUGGCUGAGCGUGCCGGCUCCAGAGCCAGGCUGCCUGGGUCUGGAUUACUGUGUUGGUCUCGAGUGAGCUCUGUAACUCCUCUCACAGUAAAACCUGCCUUAUAUGCCUCCUUUAAAAGAUGAAAUGGGUUUCUGUAUUAAACAAAAACUCUGAGAAUAUGUCACAGUGUGAGUGUUCAGUUUAUUGUCAGCCAUUUUAUAGUUUGUCAUUGUUGGCUUUGGCUAGUAAUUUUCAGAAGCUCUGCCUUCCUGAGACAGGCUUCUUUGCAUUAUUCUCAUUCUUUUGUUUUCUUUCUACUCAAAUGUUGUCAAGAUUUCUGUUCUUGGCCCACUUCUAACUCUUCACGCUUCCUGGACAGUCAUAUCAGCUAGUUUGUCGUCUUGUACUGCCUACAUGCUUCUGAUUCACAAGUUCGUGUUCCUAACUGAACCUCCUUUGUACGUUUUUUUUUUCCUUUUUUUUUUCCUUUGUACAUUUUAGAUCCACGUGUGUGUUCAUGCAUCUGUUCAGCACAGAGACUUCGAUGUUUCACAAGCACUUUAAAUUCCACACCUCCAAAACUGAAUUCACCACUUCUUCCCAAACCUGGUUCUCUUGUUUUCUCUUCAAGUGAUACACUGAUUCAGAAAUAGGGAAUUAUUCUCAACUCUACUAUUAUUUCCCCUUGAUUACCAGGCGUCGACAGGUCAGAUUUUCACGUGCACUUACACCGCUUACUACUGUCAAUGAGAUUUCUCAUCUAAUUUGACAAUUGCAUUUGCUUUGAGUGGCCUAUCUUUGACCUUGUGCCUUUGGUCCAUCUUACAUACUGUUGGCAGAAUCAUCUUUCAAAGUGGUUUUGCAUAUCCAUCUUCCUUUGCUGGCCUCGCCUCCUUUAGAAGGAAAUAUAGUAUCUCCUGUUUUUUGUAACCCUAGUAUCUGUUAAAAUACCUGACAAAUUAACAAAGGUGCAGUCUUGCAGGUUGUCUGGUCCUCCAGUCCCCUCAGACCUGCCUGGUCUAGCAUGAUAGCCACUAGCCACCUGUAGCUGUUUAAGCCAAAUAAAAGUAAAAUUAGUUAUCCUAGCCAUGUUUCAAAUUCUCAACAGUCACGUUGGCUAUCUAUUGAACAACACAUUUUAGAACAUUUCUAUUAUUGCAGGAAGUUUCAUCGGAUAGAAGUACCUCAAAGUCUUGCUGCUACGGACAUCUUCCUCUGUUAACACACUUGGAACAUUAAAACAACCUGUAAAUGCCAACCUGAGCAAGCUGGCCUUAAGCAUUUAUGUCUCUAUCUUGAUCCUGCCAUGAACCAGUACUACAUCUGCUCUUCAGAGAGCACCUCUGCUGGGAUAUAUUCAGUUAAAAGAGCCCACGCGAGGUAUUUCAACAGGGGUGAUGUGCUGGAGGCACUAGAGGUAAGAGAAACUAACUGCAGGAUGCAACUACUGUGCCUCGGAGUAGGAAAACAAAAGGUGGAAAGGGGGCUUCCCAGAACCUUGGAGUUCCAGAAAACUGGUCUCCAUGGAGUUGUUGCUCAAACCCCUGAGAAGGUUCAACACCUAAGUGCUCUCUGUAAGGAGCUGAAUGAAGACGAAUCAGUUGAAAUUAUUAGGUCACUAGUAGGAUUGGCAAGCAAAGACAGAGGUAGAUCUUGUCCUCUUUCUGCCUUCCAACUUUUCUAAUGAAGUGCAGAACCUAAAUGAAGUGCAACAGAGAUCUGCGAAAUGCAUUACAAAGUCCAACCCCAGCAUCACAGGCCAGAGGGUAGAAGGGUGGACCUGGAACUGAGAGACAAUAGGAAUACAACCUACACACUCAUUUCCUCUCAAAGAUUUCCUUCUUAUCCAAGCGUGUUAAUUACUGAAACCCUGGAUAUUCAGAAAUGUAUCUACAGACUAGCUCUGGGAACUCGAGAGUAAAUGCACUAGUUCUGAUUGAAAUCUUGUUGCUCUCUCUUUUUUUAACCAGAUGAGACCUUUUAAUGAUGCCACUUAAUGCAUUAUUUUGUUUAAAUCAGUAGUGGAAGGAUGUAUGAAUUCAUACCCAUUCACUCACAUGUUUCGCUUGUGUGCCGUAUGCCACAGUAUCUGCCAGGUAGUAUAUUUAUCAAGCUUAGACAAGAGUAAUAAUCCACCAAAAUUCACAUGUCUACCCAGAGUUAGACACUUAUGCUUACAAGAGCUUAAGACUUUUGUGUUGACUCCCUUGGACUUCUUGCUAUGCAUGUGCACAUAUACAUACACACAUACAAGUGUACCUAAAUGACUUUCAUAAAAAUUUUAAAACAUAAUAGGUGUAGACAUAGUUUCCAGAAACUGUCUCUUACUGCUCUGCAGUAUUUGAUUAUAAGGAGGAUGUACAAUAUUUAUUCAUGGACAUACGAUGUAGGCUGCUACUUAACAUCUUUGUGUGUAUUACUUUAACGCUUUCUGUGUUUCCACUAAAUUUGGAGAUGUGUAACUUCUGAGUUAUGGAGUAUACAGACAAAAUUUUGAGCUAAAUUGUCAAACUGUCCUUCACCAAGCCAUUCCUCUACGCUGCUGCCACUAGUGCGUGAGAAUUUAUUUCUUUACAGGAUCAACAGCAUAGACUUUUAUCAGUUUUUAAUAUUUUUCAGAGACAGCCAAAAAUGUAUUUUUAAAAUUUUUAAUGAGAGUGAAUAUAUUUCAAUAUGUUAAUGGCUGUUUGUACUUGCUUAUGACCUUUGCGCUUUUUCUUUUGGAUGUUCAUGUCUAUAAAUUUGCAGUAUCUCAUUUUAGGAAUCAUUCUCUAUUAUACACUGCAAUUUUUUUCAUUCUGUCAUUUAUUUUCAGUUUGCUUAUAUGUUACCAUUUUACAACUUUAUUUUUAUGUAAUCAAAUCUAUUGACCUACUUUACAAUUUUUGCCUUGGAUAUCAUGUUUAGAAAGAAUUUUCCUUGUUCAAGAUUAUAAAAAUACCCAUGUUCUGAUAUUUUUAUGAUUUUGUUUUCUAUGUCAGUCUUUAAUGCAGUUGGAAAUUAUAUUAUGAGGUAAAAAUUUACAAAUUUUUGCCAUUAUCUAAUUGUCUAGAAAAUAUUUUCUUUUUCCUUACUGAUCUAAAAUGUAAUCUCCACUAGAUAAUAAAUUUUUAUAUUUGAUAUUUAUGAAUACUCUAGUUCCACUUAAUGUCUUUGUCUAUUCAACUACCAUUACUAAUUUAAUGACUAUUGUUUUAACAUUGAUUUAAAAUGUUUGUUUUAUAACUAAUAUACAUUUUCACAGUAUCUAAUAUGUCAUGUUACUCCCCAACACAGAUUCCCUUAAAUACUCAUUUUUUUCCAGAGUUUUCUGUACUCUCUUAUAGAUAAACUAAGUUAUUCAGUCUCUUUUUAAAUAAAAUUCCUACUAGCA